AUGGCACAAGUCCGGCCCUCUGCCGGACGCAGCACGUCAGCCCACGCGUUCGAGAGCAAACUCAGCCAGCAACUAUCACAACCUGCACCGCCAGAACUGUCUGGGUUGUCGGGCGAGUCGGCCGCGCGAUCGCCCAAGUCGCGGUCCUUGUCUGAUGCCUCCAAACCGACCUCCACGACCCAGCCGGCGACUGGUGACUUGAGUCGCCCGCCCAGCAAAGACGACAGCGCACUCCCUUCCUUGCCGGCAACUCCCAGCAGAUCGAGCCUGCACCAGUCAAGCUUGUCGCUGAACCUGCCCCCAAAAGCCUCUCUCUCCCCCUCGCUCCUCAAUCACGGCCCUCUUUCGCCCAAACUCGAUUCCUCACAAAUCUAUGGCUCCCCGGGUUCGGUCCUGCCGCGGCGCUCUCGAGGCCUCGACUUCUCCCGUGCCUGUACGAAUCUCCACCACUCCACUCUGGCGGAAUCCUCGCCGGAUUCUUCUCCAACUGUAGGUGGACGUGGUAUGAUGAUCCCUCAACGGCGGGGUUCACCCGGCCUGACUUCGGCUCCUCCGUUUUCGACCUCCGGCCCAGCAGAUCGGACCGCCAUAUCCAGCUCGGUUUCAAGCGUUAACAUGAUGGAAUCCGAUACCAGCAGUAGUGAUGAUGAUGACGACGCCAUGAUGGGAGAUCGCGAUGAUAUAAUGCUCAAUACGCCGCAGGCGGCGCGAAUGAGCGGACCCAGUCCUUUCGCGGGAGGCAGCACCCAGAGUCCUGGGAAUGACUGGAUGGGCGGCUACUCGCAAGCUGCAGCAAGUCUAAUGAGCUUCCAGCGGGCUCGGUUUCGCAAAGGGCGCAGUCGACACAGCUCCAGCAGUGCCAGUGGUAAUAGCUCGAAGCCAAGCCCAGGCCCUCAAUCCCCGCCGGUCGUCAAAAGCGUGGAGAAUCCGACGGCAGGAUAUUUUGCCCCACGCCAUUCGGUUCAUUCGCGAAGGGAAAGCCUGAGUCUUGGAACGAGGGAUCUACGGUUAUCCGAUCUCAGCGACGACGGGGAAGGCCGAGGGGUCAGAGCAGGCAGUCCCACUGCCGCAUCUCAUUCAGAUGGAGGACCAUUGGGCGUAAUUCGUCGAGCUGUCACCCGACGAGGUAGUCUUCUGCCCAAGACUAAAACUUUUGCUCGAAUUCGCGCUGCGCUCAUGGAAGAGGGUGCACCGGUCGAUAGUGACAUGAAACGCGAAGCAGAAGUGGUCCGACAGGUCCGUGAUACAGAACCAGAGACGUCCCCCACCCUCAGUACUUUCCCAUCUCGCAAGCCUCUUGAACCAGCCGACUCUUCGGAGAUUGAUCCCACCUUCACUGCGGCAAAAUCGACCACCGCUAGUGCUCCUGUCAGCUUCAGUAAGCAGGCGAGCCGCAAUUCGGGCGGGGUCGAGUUCUGGAAUUCAUUUGAUGGACGGUAUCGUACGCCGCCACCAAGCCGUCAAGCAGGCGCCUCGUCCGCGCCGGACGACGAUAUCUCUAUGGACAUGACUCCUUCCACUGCCAUAGGUUCCAUCGCUGCGGACUCCAAACAACGAUCUCGUUCUUCAACCCCGCAUGCUCCUGGAACGACAGCCAUCGUCGAGAUCUGCAGGAAACGACGGCGAGAAGAUGACUUUGAUCCUAAUCUCUUCAAGCGCCGAGCUGUCUCGCCUAGUGUCAGUGCUCAGAGCAGCCCAGUGCUGACUCAUUCCUCUACCGUUGAUACUUCUGUGCCCAAUAUCUGGGGCCCUCCGUCGAAGCUAGGACCGCCUUUCUCGGAACGACCCAGCACAGAGAAUGGCAAUGGCAAUGGAAAUAGCACUCGAAACACACCCCACGCAGGCACUGCCAAACGUGUGGGACUUCAGGGCAUGACAGAAGCUAGUGAUGGGUUUAUGAACAUGCAUAUCGAGUGA